CGGCAGUCUUAGUUCAGUUUUCCGCAGGCUCGGCAUAACUUGUAAAGAAUUUUCAACAUGAGCAGCAGUGACGUUGUGAUUGUGUCUGCAGUGAGAACACCCAUAGGAUCGUUUUGUGGAUCUUUAUCGUCUUUAAAAGCAUCAGAUUUAGGUAGUAUCGUUAUUAAAGAGAGUCUAGCAAGAGCUCAUCUUGAACCCAAAGAUGUUUCUGAAGUUAUAUUAGGACAGGUAUUAACUGCAGGUCAAGGACAAAACCCAGCAAGACAAGCAGCUAUAAAAGCAGGCAUUCCUAUUGCCAUUCCUGCACAUUUAAUUAAUAUGUUAUGUGGUUCUGGUUUAAAAGCAAUUAUGAGUGGUUAUUUCUCCAUAAAAGCUGGGGAAAACCAAAUUGUUGUAGCGGGUGGUCAGGAAAAUAUGAGUCUUUCACCACAUGUGUCACACCUCAGAAAUGGUGUAAAGUUAGGAGAUUGUAGUCUAGUAGAUACUCUAAUAUUUGAUGGCUUAACAGAUGCAUUUCAUGGAAUUCAUAUGGGGGUAACAGCUGAAAAUAUUUCUAAAGACUUUAAUAUAAGUAGGGAAGAACAAGAUGAAUAUGCAGCCAAAUCUCAGCAAAAAGUAGAAGCUGCAAUUACUGCUGGCUAUUUUGAAAAAGAAAUUAUUCCUAUAACAGUAUUUACUAAAAAAGAGCCUACUAUCGUGGACAAAGAUGAGUAUCCCAAGUUUGGAACAACUGUUGGAAGCCUUCAAAUAUUAAAACCAACUUUUUUGAAAACCAAUGGUACUGUGACUCCUGGUAAUGCAUCUGGUAUAAAUGAUGGAGCAGCAGCAGUAGUUCUCAUGUCAGCAAAAACUGCUUCUGAGAAAGGACUUUCUCCAUUAGCUGAAAUUGUUGCAAUGUCACAAGUUGGAGUGGAACCAAGAAUUAUGGGUGUAGGUCCCAUCUCAGCAGUGGAAUUAGUGUUAAAAAAAGCAGGAUGGACCAAAGAAGAAGUAGAUUUAUAUGAAUUGAAUGAAGCUUUUGCAGUACAAUCAAUAGCAUGUGUGAAAGGUCUUGGCAUAAAUCCUGCUAAAGUUAAUAUAAACGGAGGAGCUAUUGCGUUAGGUCAUCCGAUCGGCGCAUCCGGUGCUAGAGUUGUAGUAACUUUACUGUACUCCUUGGAAAGAACUGGUGGAAAGAAAGGUGUAGCAGCCUUAUGUGUCGGUGGUGGAAUGGGAAUUGCAAUUGCUGUUCAAAGAAAAUAACAAACACUUCAUCCACAUAA